CUCAUAUUGCAAGAUGUUGUGGUUCUUGUUUUUUCUAGUCAUCACUAUUCUAGGACUCUUAGGUCAUAACCUCCCUUGUGUCCAGUCUAGCCCACACCGUAUUUUAGUGGACACAGAUGUCGAUACAGACGAUAUCAUCGGUCUCUUGUACCUCUUGAAGCUCAACAAAUCAGAAUUCGAUCUAGUCGGGAUUACAUUGAGUGCAAAUGCUUGGACAAACGCAGGACAUGGACUGAAUCAAGUGUAUGAUUUAUUGCACAUGAUGGGUCGUGACGAUAUCUCAGUUGGUGUUGGAGGGGAAGGUGGGAUUCUUGACGAUGGUACUAUUCUUCCCGACGGUGGUGGUUAUCUUCCCAUCAUCGACCAGGGGAUGACAACAGCAGGAGGAUGCAGAUACAGACAAACCAUCCCUAAAGGUCGUAAAGGCCUACUCGACACGGACUCCAAUUAUGGAUUUCGUAAACAUUUUCUUCCUCAGGGAAACAGAAGAUACACUCCUCUCCAACAACCAACGGCACAGAAAGUGAUCGCCGACAAAGUUCUUGAAGGUCCAAUAAGCAUAUUCUUGAUGGCAUCUCACACCAAUCUUGCUCUCUCGAUAAUGUCAAACCCUCACCUCAAACAUAACAUACAACACAUAUACGUUAUGGGUGGUAGUGUCCGGUGUGCGAACCCUAACGGGUUCUGUGGAAACUUGUUCACAGAUUUCACAAGUAAUCCUUACGCUGAAUUCAACAUCUUCGCAGACCCUUUCGCUGCUUACCAGGUAUUGCAUUCAGGUAUUCCAAUGACUCUGGUUCCUCUAGAUGCAACCGAUACAAUACCCACCAGCAAGAAGUUCUUUGAGACAUUGGAGAAGAAUCAAAAAACAUAUGAAGCUCAAUACAUUUUCAAGUCUCUGGAAAUCAUCAGAGAAACCUGGUCACCUGAAGUAUUCUACUCGAGCUUCUGCAUGUGGGAUUCUUUCAUGGCUGGUGUUGCAGUUUCGAUCAUGAGAAACUCUGGUAAUAACAACAACAACAACAACAAUGGUGAGAACGAUUUUGCAGAAAUGGAGUACAUGAAUAUAACCAUUGUUACUUCAAACAAACCUUAUGGAUUACCAGACGCCUCAAAUCCAUUUUUUGACAAACAAAUAACUCCAAAGUUUAACCUAACCCUUGGAGGAGUUCACAGUGGUCAUGUUCAGAGUGGUUUGAACGAUCCAGUCUGCAUACAGAGAAGAGACAAAGGAAACUGCAAGGAUGGUUACACACAAGAGAUCUCUGGUCCUGAUUCAGUUCAAGUCCUUGUCGCGACACGAGCUAAGCCCAACAAGAAGAUCAAUAAAAGUGAACUGGAUAGAGAGUUCUACGUCGAUAUCUUGGAAGUUUUGAAUAGGCGUGAAGAAACAGGGAGGUUUAACUUAUCAACUCAGUUUCCAUACUAUAGAGAAGAACGGUUCAUACCAGAUCUUAGUAACACACAGCUCGGAAAGCCUGUUCUUUUCGAUAUGGACAUGAGUGCAGGAGAUUUCCUCACUCUCUUCUACCUCCUUAAAGUUCCUGUGGAGAUUAUAGAUUUGAAAGCGGUUAUUGUCAGCCCGACCGGUUGGGCUAACGCAGCGACAGUAGAUGUGGUCUACGAUCUGCUUCAUAUGAUGGGACGUGACGACAUUCCAGUAGGUCUAGGGGACAUGCUCGCACUGAACCAGUCUGACCCGGAAUCUCCAUCCGUUGGAGAUUGCUUGUACGCCAAGGCGAUUCCACAAGGCUGUGGAGGUUUUCUUGAUUCCGACACCCUCUAUGGCCUUGCUCGUGACCUCCCAAGAAGCGUUCGUAGAUACAUUGCACAUGGAGCUCCGAGGAACACUGAUAGUCAUGAACUUAGACAACCUCUGGCACUUGAAGUUUGGCAACAUCUAACCAAAUCUGUUAAUGAAGAGUCUAAGAUCACUGUACUAACCAAUGGACCGUUGACUAGCUUAGCCAAGAUCAUCUCAUCAGAUCAAAACUCAACCUCACUUAUCAAGGAAGUUUACAUUGUGGGAGGACAUAUAAACACUAACAAAACAGAUAAAGGGAACACAUUCACGGUUCCUUCGAAUGCAUACGCAGAGUUCAAUAUGUUUCUUGAUCCUUUAGCAGCUAAGACUGUUCUCGAAUCCGGUCUAAACAUCACACUCAUCCCUCUAGCCACCCAACGCAACUUGACUUCUUUCCAGAUGAUGCUCAACAGUCUCAACUCUACGGUUCAAACACCUGAAUCUCAGUUUGUGCACCGGUUGCUCGCUAGACUACACGCUCUUCAUCAGGAUCACAGGAGCUACAAGCAUGUGGGAAUGUUCUUAGGAGAGAUUAUUGGAGCAUUGUUCUUGGGAGGAGACCAUGCUGCGUUGAAGCCAAAACUACGAGAUGAGCAAGUUAAAGUGAUUGCAGAAGGGUCUGAAUCGAAAGACGGUCAAAUGUUGAUCGAUAAACUGCAUGGAAGACGAGUACAGAUUCUGGAAAGCAUCGAUUCAAGAGGCUGCUACGAGAGUUUCGCUUCAAAGCUCAAUGACAAGGUACAAUCUGCAGUCAUAGGAAGCUUUGAAGAACAAAGGAACAAAUGGAUCACACCACCUAACAGAACACUGAGACGGAAGAAAUGGGUCACACCACCAAGCAGAACGCUUAGAAGAAAGAAAUGGAUCACACAACCUAUAAAGGAAACGACCAAGGCUCUGAAUAGAUAG